GGCGUUUCCCCGGUCGCCGUGCGGCGUCACUCCCAGCAUGCAGCGCGGCCCGCUCCUGCCGCCGCUCCUGUCACCACCACAGUCGCCGCUGCCCUCCCUUUCGCAGCUGCUGCCGCUGGCGCCGCGGGGCUGGGAGACAUGGCGGAGGGAGGCGCGGCGGAUUUGGAGACUCAGCGCUCGGACGUCGCGGCGCUGCUCAAGACAGCUCUCCGCAAGGGAGACACCUGGUAUUUAAUAGAUAGUCGCUGGUUCAAACAGUGGAAAAAGUAUGUUGGAUUUGACAGCUGGGACAAAUAUCAAAUGGGAGAUCAGAAUGUUUAUCCUGGUCCUAUUGACAAUUCUGGACUUCUCAAAGAUGGGGAUUGUCAGUCUCUUAAGGAGCAUCUCAUUGAUGAGCUGGACUAUAUACUUUUACCAACAGAAGGAUGGAACAAAUUAGUUAGCUGGUAUACUCUUACAGAAGUUCAAGAACCAAUUGCACGCAAGGUAGUUGAACAGGGUAUGUUUGUCAAGCACUGCAAAGUAGAAGUAUACUUGACAGAAUUAAAAUUGUGUGAAAAUGGAAAUAUGAACAAUGUAGUAACACGGAGAUUUAGUAAAGCUGACACAAUAGAUACAAUUGAAAAAGAGAUAAGGAAAAUCUUCAAUAUUCCAGAUGAUAAAGAGACCAGGUUGUGGAAUAAAUACAUGAGUAACACAUUUGAACCAUUGAAUAAACCAGAUAGUACCAUACAGGAUGCUGGAUUGUAUCAAGGACAGGUAUUAGUCAUAGAACAAAAAAAUGAAGAUGGAACAUGGCCAAGAGGUCCUUCAGCUCCAAAGUCCCCAGGUGCAUCCAAUUUUUCAACCUUGCCAAAGAUCUCUCCAUCUCUAUCAAAUAAUUAUAACAACAUCAACAACAGAAAUGUGAAAAAUUCAAACUACUGCCUCCCCUCAUACACCGCUUAUAAGAAUUAUGACUACUCAGAGCCAGGAAGGCACAAUGAACAGCCUGGCCUUUGUGGCCUAAGUAACUUGGGAAACACAUGUUUCAUGAACUCAGCUAUUCAGUGUCUGAGCAACACCCCUCCACUCACUGAAUAUUUCCUUAAUGAUAAAUAUCAAGAGGAGCUGAAUUUUGACAAUCCAUUAGGAAUGCGAGGUGAAAUUGCCAAAUCGUAUGCAGAGCUCAUCAAGCAGAUGUGGUCAGGAAAAUACAGCUAUGUCACCCCACGGGCAUUUAAGACACAGGUAGGACGAUUCGCACCACAGUUUUCGGGAUAUCAGCAACAAGAUUGCCAAGAACUGCUUGCAUUUCUUUUGGAUGGCCUGCAUGAGGAUUUGAAUCGAAUUAGGAAAAAGCCUUAUAUUCAAUUAAAAGAUGCUGAUGGAAGGCCAGAUAAGGUGGUUGCUGAAGAAGCUUGGGAAAACCAUUUGAAGCGAAAUGAUUCCAUCAUUGUUGAUAUAUUUCAUGGACUUUUUAAAUCAACCCUAGUUUGUCCAGAGUGUGCCAAGAUCUCUGUAACAUUCGAUCCUUUUUGCUACUUGACUCUCCCACUACCCAUGAAAAAAGAACGCAGUUUGGAAGUAUAUUUAGUUAGAAUGGAUCCACUUGCCAAACCUAUGCAGUACAAAGUAGUAGUUCCCAAAAUUGGAAACAUACAGGAUCUCUGCAUGGCAUUAUCAACUUUGUCUGGUGUUGCUGCAGAUAAGAUGAUAGUUACUGAUAUAUACAAUCAUAGAUUCCAUAGGAUAUUUGCAAUGGAUGAAAAUCUGAGCAGUAUUAUGGAGCGUGAUGAUAUUUAUGUAUUUGAAAUUGGCAUCAACAGGACUGAAGAUACAGAACAAGUUGUAAUCCCAGUUUGUUUAAGAGAAAAGUUUCGGCAUAGUGGUUAUAGCCACCAUAGUGGUUCCACACAUUUUGGUCAGCCUUUCCUUAUAGCAGUGCCUAGAAACAUUACUGAAGAUAAGCUAUAUAAUCUUCUGCUAUUGAGAAUGUGCCGAUAUGUGAAGACAGCUACUGAAACUGAAGACACUGAAGCAUCAUUGCAGUGCUGUAAGGACAACAGUAUCAAUGGUAACGGCCCAAAUGGAAUUCACGAAGAAGGAUCCCCGAGUGAAAUGGAAACUGAUGAACAAGAUGAUGAAUCUAGCCAAGAUCAGGAACUCCCUUCUGAAAAUGAAAACAGUCAGUCAGAAGACUCUGUUGGAGGAGAUAAUGAUUCUGAGAAUGGGUUAUGCACAGAAGACUCAUGCAAGGAUCAACUUACAGGGCACAAAAAGCGACUGUUCACAUUCCAGUUUAAUAGCCUAGGCAAUACUGACAUCAAUUAUGUCAAAGAUGAUACCAGGCACAUAAGAUUUGAUGACAGGCAGCUUAGGCUAGAUGAAAGGUCUUUCUUGGCUUUGGACUGGGAUCCUGAAUAUAAAAAGAGAUUCUUUGAUGAAAAUGCUGCUGAGGAUUUUGAAAAACAUGAAAGUGUGGAAUAUAGGCCUCCAAAAAAACCCUUUGUGAAAUUAAAAGAUUGUAUUGAGUUGUUCACAACAAAGGAAAAGCUGGGUGCUGAAGAUCCAUGGUAUUGCCCAAACUGUAAAGAACAUCAGCAAGCUACCAAAAAACUAGAUUUGUGGUCUCUGCCACCAGUACUGGUAGUGCACCUAAAACGUUUUUCUUACAGCAGAUAUAUGAGAGAUAAGUUGGAUACUUUGGUUGACUUCCCGAUAAAUGAUCUGGAUAUGUCAGAGUUUCUUAUUAAUCCAAAUGCUGGGCCCUGCCGCUAUAAUUUGAUUGCAGUGUCAAACCACUAUGGAGGCAUGGGAGGAGGGCAUUAUACAGCUUUUGCAAAAAAUAAGGAUGAUGGGAAGUGGUACUAUUUUGAUGACAGUAGCGUGUCCACUGCAUCUGAGGACCAAAUAGUGUCCAAAGCAGCCUAUGUGCUCUUCUACCAGAGACAGGACACAAUCACUGGAACUGGCUUUUUUCCUCUUGAUCGUGAAACAAAACCAGGUGCUUCUGCUGCCACGGGCAUCCCUUUAGAGAGUGAUGAAGACAGUAAUGAGAAUGACAAUGAUAUAGAGAAUGAAAAUUGUAUGCACACUAACUAAUGGAAGAUCUAGAAGCCAUACAGAGAAAAACUUCCUUGUGGGAGAUAUCUAUUGAAACAUUGAAAUUGCCCACCAAAUUAAAAAUAAAAUCUGAGAUGGGAAAUUUCAGAUGACAGAAUGUAAAUCCUUCUUAAAUUUUAACUUGUGCAGUACUUGAAGUGAAACACAAUGAAAAUGUUAACAGAAUUUGUCUCCAAUACCUUUACAAUCUUGUAUUCACAAGCUAUAUAUAGGAAAUCACAAAUAAAUACCUUUACAGUUUCUGCUGCAGUUUGAAUGAAUUAUGGUUUCUUUGUUUGGGAUGCAAGUUAAUACCAACUAUUUGUGGAUUUCGUUUUUGUCUUAACACCACAAGAAUAUUACUGCAGUGCCUGUAAUUUUGGAUGGGUAUAUCCAUAUACCUGUAACAAACAUUGAUUUUCCCAGUAUAUGUGACUCGUUAAGUGCAGCAGUUUUCUUGGAACACCAAAUUUUCAAGUUUCUCCCUGAAAUUAAUGUGGAUUUAAAAGAAACUUAAUCAUGAUAGAAAAAAUAAUAACUUGAAAAAGGUGUUUUAACCUUUGGUGGUAUAAGUAAUAUUCCAGAAUAUUAUGUUCAUCUUACUGCUGCUGUGGAACAGGUUCUGGAUUUCAUGCUGCAUUAAGGAAUUGAAUUUUUCAAUUAAAUGUAAGUAUCCCUCAUUGCUUGUUGGAUCUACUUUGUAAUUCCUGUUACCUUGCUUAUAAGAUGUGCGUAACUUUAAUCUGGUGUCAGUCCAAAAAUUUUAAUUGUGCUGUAAGUCUCUCCCCCCAUUUUUGGUAGUUUGACAAUUUACAAACUACAUACAGUGUAAUAGGGUCCGAUUUUUAAUAGUAUACCGUAUUCAUAGUAACGACUGUGCAUCAACCUUAGAUGACUUUUCCAUAUAACUUGCCUUCAAAUUGUUAAUGGGCAACUGGUUUAAAGGUAGGUCUGUUAAUUUCUCAUGUGCGUUUUGGUGGAAUUCACCAUAGCCUUACAUCUUAUCUCAAAAGGUAACUUAUUAUAGAAUUGGCAUUUGCAUGUUCAAGAGUCAGAACCUGUACAGUAAGUAGAUAAAGCAUACAUACCUUGAAUUGGAUUUUAAUUAACUGUGUUCAAGGAGUCUGGGAUGCCAAAAAUAGAUGUGACAGUUUUGAAACAUGUUUUAUUUGCUGCUUUCCCUUGAAUAUAGUUGGAAGAAUGUAUUGUUGAUUCAUAUACAAUACUGCCUUUGAUAGGAAUUCCCUUAAGUGUGGAGGCACACUUCACAUAUCUACUACCUGAAGUCCCACCAUUGUUAAAGCAAAAAGUAUGAUCUUCACUUGAACUAAUCAAAUACAAUAGGUUAUAAAUUGUGUAUUGUAAAUAAAGUUCACUCUGUGAGUGCACAUUUUGGUAAAUUAUUUAUUUAUGUUAGCAUUUAAAAGUUUAAAAUUGCAUUUGACCAGGAUAAAAUUAGGUUUGUGGACAUGGCUUUGCUUUAUACUUUGAUAUUAAAAGCUGGUGUUUCAUCCUGGUAUUUUAAAGCUGCUUUAUGUUUUUUUUUAAUGUAAGCUAGCCUCCUGCAUGACAGAGGUUAAAAAUUGUCUGCACUUGAGUUCACUUGGGUUUACAUUUGAAAUGCGCAUGUUUUAUUUAUAAAAAUUUCAAUAAAGCUAUUCAAGGCCUUA